UUGUCUCUCGAUAGAUACAUUAACGCGGUUGAUCCGGAAAUAAAUACUGUUGACAAUCGGUAGGCCGCGGUCACUGAAGACGUGGGGGACCCCUUGGUGAAAAAUGGCCCCCAAAACCAAGAAAGCUGCUUUAGCAGACAUGCUGGAGAAUCUGUCAAAGUCUGACUUUGACAAGUUUUGCAGCCAUCUGUUGGACCGCAGGGAGGAGCCGCGCGUCCGGCGCAGACAAGUGGAGGGAAAAAACUUCCUACAGAUCGCAGACGUCCUGGUUUCUACCUUUACCGAGGCUGGAGCUGUAAAGGUGGCUGUGGAGUUGUUGGGAUGUGCUAACUGCGGGCAGGAAGUAGAAGAACUCGUUACAGUGAUAGCUGGACUUGACUCAAAACCCGGGACCAGAGACACUGCAAGACCCUCAGCCGGAGCAGCUGGUGUAGAUACCACAUCAGAUGACCAACACUUUGUGGAUAAAUAUAAACUCCAGCUCACCGACAGAGUGAGCCACAUGGAUCCCAUUCUGGAUCGGCUCCUCGAUAGAGGUGUCCUCCAGCGUGAGGCUUACGAUACAAUCAGAGCUCUGCCGACCUCUCAGAAGAAGAUGAGAGAGCUCUACUGCGGUUGCCUGAAAGCUGGUACUGCUAGCAAAGAUGUCUUCUACCAAAUCCUUCUGGAAAAUGAGAAAUUUCUCAUUGACGACCUCAAUACAAAGCACUAAAUGUUGGGGUGAAAUCUUUUUUAGACCAAAACCAGUUUUUAAUACAUGAAUAAUUGGGAAAUAUUCAUUGCAAUGUUAUGUCUCUAUGUGGGUUUCCUAUUUGACUUUUGACCAGAUUCAGCAAAUAUGAUGAUCAUGCAAAAAUAAUGAACACAAUUUAUAAUUGAAGAGCUCUCCUUUUUUAACCUCAUUAAUUGAUGUGAAUUAAAACCGAAUUAUAUGAAUUCUGCCAAAUGCUAAAA